AAUGGUUUAAUGUGCGAGUAAAUAAUCUUAGUGAGAAUACAAGUGUAACGCCUGACAAAUUUGGUGCGAAUCAAUUAUUUUCUUCCUCCUAUUUAAAAAAGAGAACUCCUCCUCACUUCACUUGUUCACUGCACUCCAACUUCACUUGAAAACUCUUUCUACUUAGCGAUGAUGAAAGCAAACCAAAAACCGAAACCCCACGCGCCGCCGCGUCCUCUCUUCUCCUGCGGCUUCUUCCGCCGUUGCACACAGUCCGUCCUAAGUCCAACCUCUCCUCACCAGCAGCAGCCUCGCCGUAAACCACCAACCACCUCCUCCUCAUCUUCCUCUUCCUCAACUUCCACUUCUCAAAGCUUCACUCAAUGGCGCUUCCCUCAUCACCUUGACCAAACUCCAUCCACCGCUCCUUCUCUUCCUCCGCCACCUCCACCGCCGCCUCUUCCGGUAACCACCACCCUCCAAGAAACAUUCCAGAUCGCAGAGCUUCACCUCACAUCUGUCUCCGAAUCCGACAAGCUCCUCGCUCUACAGCUACUCGAACGGGUCGUCGUACCCGACCCGCCUUCUGAUCCGACUUGUCCACCGGGUCUCAUGCGAGGCCUCGUCUCUUGCCUUCGCAGCAACAACAAGAUCGUAACAGCCAAAUACGUCACCAAGAUCCUCCUCGCGCUCUGCCUCGCCGAAGGAAACCGCCACGUGGCGGUCGAGGCUGGAGCCGCUCGAGCGGUGGUGGAAACGGCGGCGGGGCUAGAGAUCUCAGCGGUGGAACGCGCUUUAGCGGCGUUAGAGCUCAUGUGCACGACGAAGGAAGGAGCGGCGGAGGUUCGAGCUCACGCGAUGACGGUGCCGGCGAUGGUGGCGGUGAUGGCGAGACUGGCAGGGAGAGGAAGAGAAUACGCAAUAAGCAUACUCUCGGUGGUAUACGGGAAAGGAGGAGAUGAUUCCGGGGAGGAGAUAGCGGUGGCGCCGGCGGAAGAGGUGGCGAGGGCGGUGGCGUUGGCGCUUGAAGGAGGAGAGUGUACAGCGAGAGGGAGAAGAAAAGGGACCCAACUAUUGAAGACACUGGAGGAAUAUGGACGGUUGGAUCUGAGUCAGAAUGGGACAUGAAGAAAAUGAUAUCUAACGGUUGAGAUUUAAUAUGUCAGAUGAUAAAAAUAAUAAUUAUAAUCUGAAAGCUAGUUUUUGGGGGUCACGGGCUCGUUGUUCUUUUGUUUAAAGAUGUGUGGGCCUUCGCUCUCUGUCUCUCCUCCCCUAUCUAUGUGUAUAGAAUAUGUUACAAUUUAUAUAGUCCCCUUUUAAUUAUUAGAUUUAUAUAAACUAUUUCGAAAUUA